AUGUCUGCUGCGAGAACCAACACAACAAUUGCUGCUUUGAAGGCAAAGAUUGAAAAAACCAGAAAAACCAUCGAACUAAGAAAAUCGUACUUGGAGCCAUUAGAAAAAGAGCACGAAGAAGCCAAGCUUCGAGUUAACAAAGCAAUCGAAGACAAAAAGAGGAUCUUAAAGAACCAUGCGGCUCGUAUGAGAGGAAUGAAAAACAGCAAGAAGAACUUUCAAAAACAACUUCAAAAUAAACGACAAAAUGGAACAACUACUCAGAAUAAAAAGUUCCACGCUCAGAUUGAGGCAAAAAGAAAGGAAAUCAGGGAGCAACGAAAGGAGUUUCUGAAGUUGAAAGCAAAAUCACAAGCGGGAAUUGUGCAGGCAAACAGAGACGCUUUGUCGUGCGGAAUCUGUCUUGAAAACUACGACACCGACGAGAAGUUUCCAAAGGUUCUUGAUUGCGGGCACACCAUCUGCCUUGUGUGUUUGGAUAGUUUGGAGAAGUCUAAUGGUUAUCUUGUGUCCUGUCCCUUCUGUCGCGAGAAGUGUUCUACCAGAAAUUGCCCAACAAACCUUUUUACGUUGAACAAGUGA